AUGCAUUCUGCUCGCGACGCUGUCCGUCACGAGGAGACAAAACAGGGCUUGACAUCGACGCGGAGCUGGGCUCUUUUUUGUCUUUUAUGCAACUUUCAGUCGCCAUUUCAGCCCACAUCAAAUGUACGCCAUGUUUGGGCGAGUGUGUGUCUCAAACCAGCCAAUCGCACACUUUCGAACCUACCGAAAUGGGAGGAUAGUCACCCCAGAAGGCUUGUGGUGACUUGGCAAGACUCGGCUGAAAGGAGUCAUUGGAUCUUUUGCAGUGACAAAGUUAUUAUUCAAGAAGUAACGUUAUUUUCUGGUCGAGUUUGCCACAUUCUGUCUGAUCCGAUUCCUGAGCUUGCCAAUAAGCUGCAUCAAGUCACGCCACUUUUCGCUUGCCCACGCCAGAAAUGA